GUAACUUAAUUCACGCCAUAAUUUCUCCCUCAAUGAAAAUUUCCCAUUUGCUUUAAAUUUUAUUGAAAGGAAGAGAAAAAGAAAAACAACAACAAAAAUUUAUUUUCCGGGGAAGAAAAAUAUUUGAUCUCUUCCGCCAUAAACCGGAACUUCAUGGAGAUCCGAUCUGUGAAAGUGCUCAAUGUUUCCUUGGCUGCAUCUGAGCAAGAUAUUAACGAGUUCUUUGUUUUCUCUGGUGAAAUUGUACAUGUUGAAAUGCAAAGAGAUAAUGAACGAUCUCAAGUUGCAUAUGUUACUUUCAAGGAUUCACAGGGAGCAGAGACUGCUGUUCUUCUUUCAGGGGCAACAAUCAUUGAUCAGUCAGUUACCAUUGAGUUGGCUCCUGAUUACAAGCUACCUGCCUCUGCAAUACCUGCAACAGAAAACCAAGAUUCUGAAAAUGCAGAAUCAGCUGUCCAGAAAGCGGAGGAUGUUGUAAGCACCAUGCUAGCCAAGGGAUUUAUUCUUGGCAAAGAUGCAGUGGGCAAAGCAAAGGCCUUUGAUGAGAAGCAUCAGUUCACAUCAACUGCCACUGCCAAAGUUGCUUCUCUGGACCAGAAGAUUGGUUUCACUGAGAAACUUAAUGCUGGCACAAUCAUUCUGAAUGAAAAAGCCAAGGAAAUGGACCAGAAGUACCAGGUUUCCGAGAAGACCAGGUCCGCAUUGACGGUUGCUGAGCAGAAAGUGAGCACUGCUGGUUCUGCCAUCAUGAAGAACCCCUAUGUUUUAAGCGGAGCCACGUGGGCCAUGGGCGCUUACAACAGGGUUGCUAAGGCCGCUGAAGAGGUGGGGCAGAAGACUAGAGAAAAGGUUUUGGCGGAGGAGCAAGUUCAAAAAACAGAGGGAGAAAAUUCACAAGUUAAUGAACGUGGAUCUCCCAUGGCAGCUGAACAUGCUACAGUGGAGCAACUGUCCAAGCCCUUAUCAGAACAAGGUCAAAAACCAGAGGGGGGAAAUGCAGAGAUAUCUCUCAAAGCUGUUGAACCUGCUGCAGUCGAACAACCUCCCAAGCCCUAAUCAGAACAAGGUUUAAUCCUUUAAUUCGCAAAAGACGGUACAUACCAGUUCCAAAGAUCCAGGUCAUCUGAAAUCUGCUUUCUAGUUGAAUGCAGGAUAGCUUGUCCACACAUUGUUUUGUUAUAUUGAUGGCAAUGGAGCUAGUUGCUUUUCCAUUCCCACUCCGCUCUUAUGUGGAUGGUCAAAACAUUCACCUCUAAUUCUCUAUAGUCACGCCAUUGCUCCUCGUCUCUUCAAUUCAGAUUUUGA